CACUUGUCAAACAUGGCGUCUUCACCUCGGAUAGACGAACAGAACGUGAAUUGCGACGGUUCCGGUGCCCCGAGAGCUCGCCAGUGGGUAAAAUUAAAUGUAGGAGGGACACAUUUCCUCACCACAAGAACCACAUUAUGUCGGGAUCCUAAUUCCUUCCUCUGUCGACUCGUUCAAGAGGAUCCCGAACUCCACACAGACAAGGAUGAAACUGGUGCCUACUUAAUAGACAGGGAUCCCACAUACUUUGGGCCGGUGCUGAAUUACUUACGACAUGGGAAAUUAGUUAUGAAUAAAGAUUUAGCUGAGGAAGGUGUACUAGAAGAAGCAGAAUUUUACAACAUCACAGACUUGAUUAGGUUAGUGAAGGAGCAUAUAAAUCAGAGAGAUAACAGGCCGCCAAAGGCAGGAAAGAAGCACAUGUAUCGAGUCCUUCAGUGCCACGAAAAUGAGUUAACUCAACUUGUUUCAACAAUGUCAGACGGAUGGAAGUUCGAACAACUGAUAAAUAUUGGGUCUCAGUACAGCUAUGGUAGUGAAGAUCAUACAGAGUUCCUGUGCGUUGUGUCCCGAGAGUAUUCCUCUUCACCGGGGACCCAUACGUGUUCUACAGACCGGCCUGACCAUCUGGAUCUGCACAACUCCAAGGACUCAUCCAUACUGCAGGAGGAAGAAGAGGUUGAGAGAGAUGACUAGUGAAAGCCAGAUCUAAGUAGAGCAUCCAAAGAAGCUAAGGUUCAUUAAGAUGAAAACUAUAGUUCCUAUUACAGUGUCAAUCCAGGGUGUAAUCACUUGUGUGCUAAAGUAUAAAGAGGGUAGUAUCUGUUGUCCAACUGUGAUUUGUGUAAAGUGAUCUCAAAUGGCGCACUAAUUUGGAUAUGAUGUCUGUUGUGAAUACCUCUUUAAUUUGUGAAUCUGCACAAGAGCUUGAAUUUUACUUGAUGCUUUUUUUUAUAUAAAUUCUCUUCAUUUUGCCAUAAGACUGAUACAGUUACAAGUAAAGUAGGAAGAAAAGAAUGUCCUGAAAAAAGUUCAGUAGAAAAAUACAUUCCAAGGAUAUAUUUAAUCAUACUUGAUUUACUUUUCUCAUUUUUAGAUGAGAUCUCUGAAAUUGCAUCUUUAUAUUUUUUGGUAAAGUUCUGUUUUUCUUUUUUUCUUUCUUUCUUAAAACUUAAGAAAUUAUUAGCUACAGCUACUGACUUUACUGAUUAUGCAAUGUAACAAAGAAAUCAUAUUUAUUGAUGUUAAUAACUAUAUAAAAUGAACAAUUCCUCAGCAUGCAUUUAACUUCAGACAUACAUUUUAUAUUCUUUACAUAUACACCAUCAUUACAUAUACAAAAAUUCUGAUUAUGGGUUUCUAGUGACAGAAGGCAAUUUACUGUAUUUUUUUAUUAUUACUUACUGACUACACCAAAAAUAAAUACAUAUUGCUAAAUGA